GCCUCGGAAACCAGUGGGCCGAGCAGGAGCCCAUGGAGGCCGGACCCGCUUACCGCCAGAGCCUUUCUCCUCGCAUUGUCGCCCACUUUUCCUUUUCCUUUCACGGAUGGCCACCGGGAGUCCCGUCGGCACCUCCUGGGAUCCACGUUUGCCACAAAACGAUUGGUCCGCCCCUGGGGAGCCCUUCGCGGAGGCCCCCUUCGGAGCCUUACGGUACAAUUUCCGGGCCUAGGACUCCCUUGGCCUAGGCUCGGCCGAGAAGCCAGCCAGCAUCCACCCUUUUCAGAGAGGUGCCGGCUACCAACGGAUCUCUCUCCCUCCCCCUCGGGUCACCGAGAGCCCGCCCCCGUGUGACCUGCCCACCUACCUCCGUGCCCCCGAAUGUAGUCAAUGCCCGCUUUCUUUCUUUUUUUAAAGCGCCCUCCUCGUUUGCUUGUCUAAGAUUGAGAUGAGUGUUGUGGUCCUGCCCCCUUUCCUCCAGUGGAGGUUGCCGUGAGCUGUACCUCCAUUCAUUCUGUCUAGGCGAUGACCACGCUUGCACAUUAAAAUGUGUGACUUCUUUCUCACCCUUCUUUGGUCUUCAGUACUACUUCUUAAAUACGUUUUUCGAACUAGAUCUGGGAGGAUGAAGAUUAUUUUGCAGUUAUGUAAUGUGGAUUUGUAUGGCCCUGGAAAAGCCAUGUUGCUCCCGGGCAGAGUGGAGCGGACCGAAAGGAGGGAAGAGAUUGGACCUCUCUUGCACCGGACUGCUGUAGUGUGAAGUGCUGUGCCUUAGGUAGUUGACAGCAGUGUCUACACAACUUCCACGUUUGUCUUGGGUACUUCAAUUUUUAAGAUUUGUUCCCGCCAACGUUCAGAAGCCUAGAAAGGCCGUUCAGUUGGUUAUCAGUUGCUCGUGAUUUAAUACGUAGAUGCUACACUAUUACAAAUUUUAACCUUUCUUUUAAAAGCCUUUGUUGUCCUCAUCUGUAAAAUAAGGAUUAGGAUAGUAUUCACUUCAUGGAUGAUUGAGAUUGGAAAUUCAUUCAAUGUAUGUAAAAUCCUUAGUGCAAUACCCAAAUGACGUAGUGUUUAGUCCAUUUUAACCGGUACGUAUUGUUAUUUAAGAAUUUUCAGUGAAGUACAAGAGCCUAACCCUGAUUCUAACAUUUCUUCCAGUGUACUGUGAAUAGACUAUUUUUCUGUGAAUAGUCUUAUAAAGUAGAAGUUAAUCCUUAAUGCAAAGUUUCUCAUUGGUAUGUUACUAGAAAGGGGCAUUAUGACACAGUGAAAACAGCCCCUGGAUUGGUAAUUGCAGGAUAUUAGGGACCUUGAGGGGGUCCCUACCCACUCAUUGUGUUCCUUUGGACAAGUUAGCGUCUUCAUCUGUAAAAGGAGACUAUAUCUACAAGGAGUCUAUCCUGAACUUAGAUCGUGUACAUUUUGGGAACUUAUUUUAGAAAAGAUCUAAAUUUUAAAAAUUCUCAAUGGACAGACAGAGAAAAGAGGGUCUUUGCCAACUUCUUUGGACAUCUGCAGUAAGAAUGUCUUUCCCCCCUCAUUUGAAUCGCCCUCCCAUGGGAAUCCCAGCACUCCCACCAGGGAUUCCACCACCACAGUUUCCUGGCUUUCCUCCACCUGUACCUCCAGGAACCCCAAUGAUUCCUGUACCAAUGAGCAUUAUGGCUCCUGCUCCAACUCUGAAUUACCCAUCCACGGCUGUCUUAGUACCCACUGUGUCCAUGGUUGGAAAGCAUUUGGGAGCCAGAAAGGAUCAUCCAGGCUUAAAGGCAAAGGAAAAUGAUGAAAAUUGUGGUCCUACUACUACUGUUUUUGUUGGCAACAUUUCUGAGAAAGCCUCAGACAUGCUCAUAAGACAGCUCCUUGCUAAAUGUGGCUUGGUUUUAAGCUGGAAGAGAGUACAAGGUGCAUCUGGAAAACUUCAAGCCUUUGGAUUCUGUGAGUAUAAGGAGCCUGAAUCUACCCUCCGUGCACUCAGGUUAUUGCAUGACCUGCAGAUUGGAGAGAAGAAACUGCUUGUUAAAGUUGAUGCAAAGACAAAGGCACAACUGGAUGAAUGGAAAGCAAAGAAGAAAGCUUCUAAUGGGACUGCUAGGCCAGAAACUGUCACUAAUGAUGACGAAGAAGCCUUAGAUGAAGAAACUAAGAGAAGAGAUCAGAUGAUCAAAGGGGCCAUUGAAAUUUUAAUACGUGAAUACUCCAGUGAGCUCAAUGCCCCUUCACAAGAAUCUGACUCUCACCCCAGGAAGAAGAAGAAGGAAAAGAAGGAGGACAUUUUCCGCAGAUUUCCAGUGGCACCUCUGAUCCCGUAUCCACUCAUCACUAAGGAAGAUAUAAAUGCUAUAGAAAUGGAAGAAGACAAAAGAGACCUGAUAUCCCGAGAGAUCAGCAAAUUCAGAGAUACACACAAGAAACUGGAAGAAGAGAAAGGCAAAAAAGAAAAAGAAAGACAGGAAAUUGAGAAAGAACGGAGAGAAAGAGAGAGGGAGCGUGAAAGGGAACGAGAAAGGCGAGAACGAGAACGAGAAAGGGAAAGAGAACGUGAACGAGAAAAGGAGAAGGAACGGGAGCGGGAACGAGAACGGGAUAGGGAUCGUGACCGGACAAAGGAGAGAGAUCGGGAUCGUGAUCGAGAGAGAGAUCGUGACCGCGAUCGGGAAAGGAGUUCAGAUCGGAAUAAGGAUCGGAGUCGAUCAAGAGAAAAGAGCAGAGAUCGUGAAAGGGAGCGGGAGCGGGAAAGAGAGAGAGAGAGAGAACGUGAACGAGAAAGAGAGCGUGAACGAGAAAGAGAGCGUGAAAGGGAACGGGAGCGAGAAAGAGAAAAGGACAAGAAGAGGGAUCGAGAAGAGGAUGAAGAAGAUGCGUAUGAACGAAGAAAACUUGAAAGAAAACUCCGGGAGAAAGAAGCUGCUUAUCAAGAGCGCCUUAAGAAUUGGGAAAUCAGAGAACGGAAGAAAACCCGGGAGUAUGAGAAAGAGGCUGAAAGAGAAGAGGAAAGGAGAAGAGAAAUGGCAAAAGAAGCUAAACGACUAAAAGAAUUCUUAGAAGAUUAUGAUGAUGAUAGAGAUGAUCCCAAAUAUUACAGAGGAAGUGCUCUUCAGAAAAGAUUGCGUGACAGGGAAAAGGAAAUGGAAGCAGAUGAACGGGAUAGGAAAAGAGAGAAGGAAGAGCUAGAGGAAAUCAGGCAGCGACUUCUGGCAGAAGGGCAUCCGGAUCCAGAUGCAGAGCUUCAGAGGAUGGAACAAGAGGCUGAGAGGCGCAGACAACCACAAAUAAAGCAAGAACCAGAAUCAGAGGAAGAGGAAGAAGAAAAGCAAGAAAAAGAAGAAAAACGAGAGGAACCCGUUGAAGAGGAAGAAGAGCCAGAGCAGAAGCCCUGUCUUAAACCAACUCUGAGGCCCAUCAGUUCUGCCCCAUCUGUUUCCUCUGCCAGUGGCAAUGCAACCCCCAACACUCCUGGGGAUGAGUCUCCCUGUGGUAUUAUUAUUCCUCAUGAAAAUUCGCCAGAUCAACAACAACCUGAGGAGCAUAGGCCAAAAAUAGGACUGAGUCUUAAACUGGGUGCUUCCAAUAGUCCUGGUCAACCUAAUUCUGUGAAGAGAAAGAAACUCCCUGUAGAUAGUGUCUUUAACAAAUUUGAGGAUGAAGACAGUGAUGAUGUACCCCGAAAAAGGAAACUGGUUCCCUUGGAUUAUGGUGAAGAUGAUAAAAAUGCUGCCAAAGGCACCGUAAACACUGAAGAAAAGCGCAAACACAUUAAGAGUCUCAUUGAGAAAAUCCCUACAGCCAAACCUGAGCUUUUUGCUUAUCCCCUGGAUUGGUCUAUUGUGGACUCUAUAUUGAUGGAACGACGAAUUAGACCUUGGAUUAAUAAGAAAAUUAUAGAAUACAUAGGUGAAGAAGAAGCUACAUUAGUUGAUUUUGUUUGUUCUAAGGUUAUGGCUCAUAGUUCACCUCAGAGCAUUUUAGAUGAUGUUGCCAUGGUACUUGAUGAAGAAGCAGAAGUUUUUAUAGUCAAAAUGUGGAGAUUAUUGAUAUAUGAAACAGAAGCCAAGAAAAUUGGUCUUGUGAAGUAAAACUCUGUACAUUGAGAGUUCCAUUUCAGCUAUCGUCUUUCCCAUCCUUCAAAGGACUUUGAAAAAUUUUUUUGUCUUCAAAGACAUUUGUGAGAUCUGUAAUUUUUUUUAAAUGUAGAAAAUGUGAAUUUUUUUUUUUUUUGUCCUCCAAUUUGUUGAUGCCCUGUGUACUCCCUUGGUUGUAAAGACAUCCGAAUCCUACCUUGGUUCUCUUUAUACUCACCAGGUACAAAUUACUGGUAUGUUUUAUAAGCCACAGCUACUGUACACAGCCUAUCUGAUAUAAUCUUGUUCUGCUGAUUUGUUCCUUGUAAAUAUUAAAAUGACUCCCCGAUUCUUUUGCAGAAUUGCACUUAAUAUUGAACUGUACUGUACAGGAACCAACAUGAACAAUUUUAAUAGAAAGAAUACCAGCCCACAUCUAUUACCCAUACCCCCUUGAUCAGAAUUGGCAGGCUUUCAUGAAGGCAUGAAAUUUAAAAUUAGAGUGUGAAAAUUAGGAGACCAUCCAUUCCUACUGUAUCUCUGUAUGAAUGUGUUUGUGUGAAUGUAUAUAUAAAAGUAUUUUCCCUAAUUUGCUUUGGAGGGCUCCCUUGAACAUUUUCUAAUUGAAAAAUAUAAUUGUAAAGGAAACAUGGUAUUGUGCCAAUCCAAAUGUCUGGGAUAAUUAGGUUAAUAGUCUCCCAGAGCAUGUUACUCUCUUACGGCAAGAAACAGUCUGUUGAACAGAAUGGGGUUUUCCUGUUGAUAGCUGGCUGCUUCAGCCCUUCUUUUAUGGAAGUGUGAAUCAGUGGUUCCCCUCUCUCCCCCCAAUCUCAUUGUUCAGAAAUGAGGCAGAUCCUUAGAUUGCACUGAUUGGUCCUUAGUUUAAUUUUGGUGUGCCCCUUUGCUUAAAAAAAAUAAAAAGCAUAAAUGAAAAAUACUUUUUAAAAACAAAAGAUAAAAUUAGGCAAUUUUACAGACUAGGAAAGUUUGACAAAAUACAAUAGAAUUUCAGCAUGGCAUUUUGUAAAAGUUUACAUCUUAUUUUUAAGGAUAAAGUACAUCAUUUAAGGCAGUUACCACUAAUUUUUUGUUUUGUAAAGGCUUUAUAGCUUGUCUGUGUGUAAGCACACACCUUGUUUACCUCUGCUCAUCAAAGUUUAAAAAUACAUUGAUGGUGUUGGAGACACACAUGGGGCUUUCUUUAUUGUACAUCAGAACUUCACCAGGGAGCAAAAUUAAUCGAAAAUACAACAAGUUUUAAACAGUUCUAAAUACAAAGUAGGUGCAGCUAUUUCAUGUCUAAGUAUUUAUUUAAAGAUGAAGAUUGGGAAUAGGAAGAUAAAGCCUAACUGAGCUUGAGUUACUAGAUUUUUUUUUUACAUCUUAAGAGGACAUUUGAAAACACUGUUCUUAACAUUGAACCAUGACAUGGUUCCCUUAUGUAAAUAUUUCAGAUAUUAAAAAUGUAUAUAUUUGA